UCUUAAACAGGCAACGCUUGUUCGGUAGCAAGGCUUCCGCGCUCUAUUCUUUCCAAGGUCGAUGGGGCCUUUAUUGGGGGCGAAUUGCAUCUUGGUCAACUUCGACCCAGGAACCUCAAAAAAGCCUUUCAACUUCUGUGUCUGACCUGGCCUUCUUACGGAUAUGAUAUCGAGACCAGUAGAGAGAAAAGCUUACGACACAUGGUAUUUCUAUUUAUCUUGCCGGGGAGCUCUUCAUGAUGUCGUCAAGUACAAAAAAACCGCCAAAGCGAUUCCACUUUAUCGACAACACCGACAUCACCUCCGCAGGGCAGAACUCAACGCAGGUGCGCCGUCAUGUAAUGCAAGAAUACAUGAGGGAGAAGCGUUGGCAAGCCAGAGCCAGAGUCGACAGCAAUGACGAUUACGAAAUCUCCGUUCGAAGUAGGCAGGAGAAACUCGCGCAGCUGCCCCGAACACGAACUCGACAACGACAGCCCAAAAAACAGCUUGCUGGCCAUGGCGAUCUAUCCAGUACAGCCAUGGAGCCUUUCUCGCGGGCAAAGUCGCAAGGUAAUGAUCGCCAGCGAAGGUGGCCUUCGGAUUUUGUUCACAAUCCCCGCUGCGAUUUUCCCGAGCGAAGGGCAAAGGGUCAUUUGCAAAGACCGGGCUUCCACCUAGACACUACAGCAUUUGCUAAGCUCUUCGAUUUGAUGCAAGACCAGCAGAGACACCCCGCAAAAAGACCUAGCAUGCUGCCCUGGACAAGCCUGUCGUGUGGCUCUUGGGUGCGUGCCGCACGAUUCCUGCAACCACAAUCCAUGUUGAGUGCUGCGCGAACAGAUCCUUUCGACUCACUACCGGUGACACUCGAUCAUGAAGAUGAGCAGCUCUUCGACUUUUAUGCCACGGUCAUGCCAGCGUGCUCAUACGGGCUAGACAAGCCCAACGCGCAGAAUUGGUUCCUUUCCGUUUUCAUACCGGAGGCUAUGUCAGGGGCUUUAUGCUUUGAAAACACUAUCCUCACCCAUGCUGCAAGUACCAAAGAUAGAAUGAGCGGGAUUGAUCAGAGCCGGUCCACAAUUGAACGCAGAAUCAGAGCAUCUCAACGACUGCUUGACCACCAUCGACAGUUUCCAGGCGAUACUUCAAAUACUACGAUAUCAGCGACUCUGUUUGCAGCUGCGCUAGAGUUUCUUGACUCCUCCACCGAACAACAGAAACUUGGGUGGAUGUAUUGGUCAACUGCGCUACAGAAAAUCCGUGAAAGAGGAGGGCCUUCAGAAUUGGUACAGCACAAGAGACUACAGAUGCUAGUCAACUGGUGUGACUAUACUUUCCCGGGUUGUCACCCCUAUAGUGUGGACAUUAACUUUCAUACUGACAACAUGGAGGCUAUGGCCAUUGCACGCGCAGAGGUAUCAGAGCAGUGCACUGAGUUCAUCACUUUCCUCAAAUGUACAGAGCAGCUGGCCCUCGUGCAGGCUGGCAUGCAAAGAAAUCCAAUAUCAAAGAGCAGGCAGCAGAUACGGUUUUCGACCUUUCUCCCUGGUCAGCCUCUGCACGCUCUUCUCACCCCCGCCGAUGCCUCCAACUAUUCGGAAUCGUGUCGAUACAGGCAGAUUAUGUCCAGGUUAGCCAUCCUGAUGACCAUCAACAUCACCAUUUGGGAGUAUCGACAUUCACCCGAACUCAGCGAGAAGUUCUUCCUCGAACUUGUGGAGAAUGUCGCCCAUAAUGGGUUUGCCCGCCAUGCGUCUGUCGAAGCACUUUUGCAGAUCUUGAUAAGUGGCAGUAGACACUCUUCUCUGCAGCAUGCCGAGAGACCAUGGUUCGUCGGAAGGAUGUUGCAAAUUGCAAAGCGCUUGUCCCGACCCAGUUUUGAUCGGCUUAACAAGUUGCUGUUCUCCUGCACAACACUGGGGACGGACGUCAAACCGAUAAUGGAAAACUGGCAAAAUGACUUGCGGACGGAAAUUCUGAGUAGUCCCAUAGUAAGCUGUUACUCACGCUUCACGCGUGAGACCAUCUGAGAGUCGAGAGGGGAGCAUCUGCGAUUACCAACACCCCAUUCAUACAGAUGAAUUGAUCGCGCGAUAUGCAUGGCCUGACGAGGCUGACGAAGCUCGCGUUGCCUAUGUCUGCUCUUAACACAACACGGACGUCAAGCCUAUGAUAGGGUAUAGUAGAACGCUUGCUGG